AUGCAGUAUAAACGUCAGAAUUCCAGAUUAAACAUUGACAUUACCAUGGAGGAAGAAAAACACGCACAAGUUGAUCCGUCAGUGGUACCAACCGUUGUUAGCUGCUUAUUUGGCAAUUCUGAUGGAUUUACUGACUAUUCAACGUCAGAUAAUGUUGGACAUUGCAGCACAAUAAACGCAAGUGACAUUAGAUCUGGUGCAAGUUCUGCCAAAAAUGUCGGGAAAUACGCAAUUGUAAAUUUUAAAGGUGCAUAUGGAUAUACAAAUACAAGUUCUACCGCUGACAUUAUUGUGUCAGAUUACGGAAGUGAUGACGUUGAUGACGUCAUGCGACGCGAGCUUCUAGAAAACGGAUUUACACCGUUUAUAAAAGAGGAACUAAAAUAUUCCAUUCAGACAAAACGGUUAAAAGAGGGAAAGCAGGAAUUGAAAGUGGAAUUUAGCCCCCCACCGGAAGAUGUGGUAUGUAUUUCAACUAAUUUCCCUUACACCGGAAGAGGCAGAGCGUGUGGUCAAACGGCGCGGCGCGUGCAGAACAGAAUGGCCGCGUGUCGCUUCCGGGACAAACAAAAAGACCGAGCCCAAACUUUGCAGAAGGAGUGUCAUCGACUAGAAAGCAUUCAGACGGAGUUAAAGUACGAACUGGCGCAGGUACGAAAGGAAAGGGACGAAUUCCGCCAGGCGUUUCAACAACACAUGGCCGUCUGCCCACUACAGUUUCCCGCGCAUAUCCAUGCGUCAACUUCGAACUCUUGACAACAUGUGAACACUGUCAACUAUUUUUAGAAACAGACUAAACUAUUGUGAUUUUAACAUUUUACCUCAAAGCAGCUGAUAUCAGAAACACGUUUUCAUGACUGUCCUUGAUUUUGC